GCCGCACAUAUAUCGAUUUAUCGUGUGAACUCUUGGCGUAAAAUGGUGCGUACCUUCGGUUUACAUUUAAAAAACAGAUGUUUUACAUAAUAGUUUCGACACCAAAAUGUAUCACGUUGUCCUAGACUAUGUUUAUCUUUUUAUGAACCAAAUUUAAGGUUUUUGGAACAGGGAAAAUGAGUGUUAAGAACGUAAACGCGUCACGGAGUGACACAGAUGAGAAAGCUACCGUAUCAAUGGAGGAACAUGAACAAGUAUUGCAGAAACUGCGUCAAGCAGAGGAGGAAAAAAUAAAUAUCAUCAAAGAUCAUGGCAAUUUAAUCAAAGAAUUUAAUCGGAGAAUGCACGUUCAUCUCGAAGAAAUCCGUUUAUUAAAGGAAGUAAACCACAAACUGCAAGCGGAUAUGCAAGAACUGCGAGAUUUGUGUUGUUAUUUGGACGAUGAUAGACAUAAAUGUCGAAAACUUGCCCGAGAAUGGCAGAGGUUUGGUCGAUAUACGGCUACAGCUAUGAGAAAUGAAGUAUCGGACUAUCAAGAUAAAUUGCAUGCCUUGGAAAUUCGACGAAACGAACUAUCGUCGGAUAACAACGAACUCAAAGAAUUAUGCUUAUAUCUCGAUCAGCAACGAGAAAAUUUAACUCGGAAUAGAAUUUGUGUUAAGUGCCUUCAAUCUAUGGCAACGGAGACAACAAGUUCUUCAAUUGGGAGAGGCUCCAGAGAUAUUUUAAAAGAAAAAGGUGUUGGAUACUCCGAAAAACUUGAAGCAAGAUUGAGCACUAUAGGUACAGAAAGAAGAAACUCCUUACCUCAACCACAAGAUACAACAUACAUGUAUGGCAGAGGACAGAAAAAGAGAGUUUCAUUCACUUUUCCAGAGGAGAUUGAUACAGAUACUGAUAGCGCAGAUAGUUUCUCAAGAUCAGCAAAAACAAAUGGAUAUAAGGACAACACCCAUCCAGGAAUUUUAAGAAAUGGACUAAAACCUCUGCCAAAAAAGGGUGUAUUACCAUUCCCUGAUAACACAAAAAUGACUCCAGAGGAAAUAGAACAAGCAAUGAAAGUUUUAGAAAUCCAUGAAAAGCUGGAUCACAACGCCAAAGAACCUGCUCAAAAGGAUGGUGAAAACUUAGGUGAAAAUGAAGUAGCCGUUUUAAAAGAAAUGUGCAAUAUUGUUUGGAGAAAAUUAUCGAAUAAUCAUUCUGGACCCAAAAAAGUCAGUAAUGGUCAUGAAGAAAAAGAAGAUGAAGAUGAAAUCUUGGAAGACCUUUUGUGAUUAAAUAUGAAAUUAAGUCAUGUACAAAGUAAAUCAUAUAAAACAAACCAUGAAUAUAGCUUGUGCCCCCUAACCGUAUAACACCUUGACCAUGCAUGGCUCUUUUUACAAUAGACUACUAUGUUAACUGUUAUUAUCAUUUCAUAGUUUUGCUGCCACUAGUAAAAUGAGUGCUUUGUGAUUUUUCCUAUAUUUAUGAGCUCUAACUGGC